GACACCUAGACCACCGCCAGAAUGCGACUGCCAUAUCGAAAUAAGAAGGUCACCCUGUGGGUGCUCUUCGGCAUCAUCGUCAUCACCAUGUUCCUAUUCAAAUUCACCGAACUGCGGCCCACAUGCCUCUUCAAGGUGGACGCCACCAACGAGCUCGCCUCCCAAAUGGUUCGCGUUGAGAAAUACCUCACAGAUGACAAUCAACGCGUUUAUUCAUACAACCGUGAGAUGCCAUUAAUAUUCAUAGGCGGCGUGCCGAGAUCUGGGACGACUUUGAUGCGCGCCAUGCUGGAUGCCCAUCCCGAUGUGCGCUGCGGGCAGGAAACCCGUGUCAUUCCGCGCAUCCUGCAGCUGCGCUCGCACUGGCUGAAGUCCGAGAAGGAGUCGCUCCGCCUGCAGGAGGCCGGCAUCACCAAAGAGGUCAUGAACAGUGCCAUCGCGCAGUUCUGUCUGGAAAUCAUCGCCAAACACGGCGAGCCGGCGCCGCGCUUAUGCAACAAGGAUCCGCUGACGCUGAAAAUGGGCUCCUAUGUCAUCGAGCUAUUUCCGAACGCUAAAUUCCUAUUCAUGGUGCGCGACGGCCGGGCGACAGUUCAUUCGAUUAUAUCGCGCAAGGUGACAAUCACCGGCUUCGAUUUGAGCAGCUACCGGCAGUGCAUGCAGAAGUGGAACCACGCCAUCGAGGUGAUGCACGAGCAGUGCCGGGACAUCGGCAAGGACCGCUGCAUGAUGGUGUACUAUGAGCAGCUGGUCCUGCAUCCCGAGGAGUGGAUGCGAAAGAUACUGAAAUUCCUGGACGUGCCAUGGAACGAUGCGGUGCUGCACCACGAGGAGUUCAUAAACAAGCCGAACGGAGUGCCUCUGUCCAAGGUGGAGCGUUCGUCGGACCAGGUUAUCAAGCCGGUUAAUCUGGAGGCGAUGUCCAAAUGGGUUGGCCAAAUACCCGGCGACGUGGUGCGCGACAUGGCCGACAUAGCGCCCAUGCUGUCCGUGCUCGGCUACGAUCCGUACGCGAAUCCGCCGGACUAUGGUAAGCCAGAUGCAUGGGUGCAGGACAACACGUCGAAGUUAAAGGCCAAUCGAAUGCUGUGGGAGAGUAAGGCGAAGCAAGUGCUGCAGAUGUCAUCCAGCGAGGAUGACAACACGAACACCAUCAUCAACAAUAGCAACAAUAAGGAUAACAACAAUAAUCAGUACACAAUCAAUAAAAUUAUACCAGAACAACACAGCAGACAGCGGCAACAUGUACAGCAGCAGCAUCUGCAACAGCAGCAAUAUCAGCGGCAGCAGCAACAGCAACAGCAGCAGCAGCAGCAGCAACAACGUGAGGAGGAGAGCGAGUCGGAAAGGGAAGCGGAACCGGAUCGAGAACAACAAUUGUUGCAUCAAAAGCCAAAGGAUGUCAUUACGAUAAAGCAGCUGCCAUUAGCUGGCAGCAACAAUAACAAUAUCAACAAUAACAACAUCAUGGAGGACCCCAUGGCGGAUACAUGAUAUCCGCACAUACCCAUAAGACUGCCGCGUGGCAAGCAUUGAACCUGGCUAACUCUCUUGGCUGCCGAUAAGGACAACGAUAAUGAUAACUGUUGCUGCUGCUGUUGCAAGAAACCAAUUUUAAAUUGUAUUAGCCGAGACCUUUACAUGCUUGAUACAUAUAUGUAUUUGCAUAUAAUGUACGUGUAUUAAUGCUUCGUGAAGUUACCAAAAAAAAAAAGAA